AUGCGAGUUGUUCCUGAAUCAUUACCGAUCCUAGGGCCGUCAGUGCUUCGGCACGUUAACGUGGAAUUGAAGGAGAUGGUGGUUGAAGCGGAGGGAUGUCAUAAGAAUAACGAUAUUGGAAAGGAACCAGAGUUAGCAAACUACGACAUAGCCGCUGCUAACGACAAUGCUAUACGCCACCACAUACAACAACGCAAUUGCACCCACAACGACAGUACAAUUGCACCCACAACGACAGUGCAAUUGCACCCACAACGACACAGUCGCUGCCACACGACAAACGCAAAUGCUGCCAUACAGCAAUGCUAUGGCACACACACUCUCACGCAAAGAGAAUAUUGGAACGUUAAUAUAUCGCUGCGACCUACAGCGGCCUCAUCUCCAGGAACGCCUCCCCAAUUCCUAAUAAAGCGCGUUUGCUCUUGUUCUGACUACCGUCUGAAGGACAUUUCAUGCUCAAGGAUCACUAUUACGAAAUCAGUCCGUCAACAUCAGCAUAAUUCACGCAACAACGCGAACAGUGCGAUUGGAGGAUGCGAAGGCCAAUUCUACAUUUCACUGGAGGAUGAUAACGAAUAA